AUGAACGAUAAUGGUUCAUGCGUGUACCUAGCCCCAGAGGGGCUUUCCGAGCGGCAGGCCCAGAAGCAGGCACUUUUUCGCACGUCCAGAGCCUACCGGAGUGCUCGCAAUGUCUUGGAGUUGAUUCAAUCGAGCGACGACAGAGUUGUUCAAGAUGUUGUACACCAAUUGCGAGCAUCCAAGGACCUUAAUGAUACCAUUGAGUCGAUUGCAAAUGCGGAUCUCGUGGUCAAAGGGGCAGACGAAGAAAUAAUGUCUCAAAAUCUCGGUCCAAACCUCGGCGCCACGAAUCAAGAACCGAUCAGAGAUCCACAAUCAAAAUCAGGAUAUCCGACAAAUCUAUCAAACAGCUCAGCGUCCAUUGACAACUUGGACUCUUGCAGUGUCUUGCCUGUCACUCGUUGGACAAAUGUUUCGGACGACAAUCAAGCGCUGACCAGCCUGCUGCAUCUUUUCUGGACCUGGGACAGUACAUUGUCCAAUAUAGUCGACAAGGGGCGUUUCGUUGCAGACCUAUGUAGCGAUGGGCCUGGGCUUACAGUAGGAGGUCAAAAGGUGUUUUGUUCUUCUCUUCUCGUCAACGCCGUCCUCACCGUAUCUGCCCUGCACUCAGCAAGAAAGUGUUACGCCUUCGAUCCAAACGCUAUCGCUCUCGCCCAUCUCUUCGCAGACGAAGCGUGUCAGUCGCUCGAAUCAGAGAGACGCGUAGAUUCCUUGACUUUCUUACAGGGAGCAUCUAUUCUCUGGUUCGUUACCUGCAACGAGAAAUCUCUAGUAACAGUUAAAAUUCAUGAAAACCUUCCGAAAAUAGUUCGGAAGGCAUGGUUGGCGUUGGGCUUCGAAAGGGGCGACUUCACUGUGUUCAACUUUUCCACCAUGGGCACACCAAGUCAGAUGAGGGACUGGCAUACUAUUUCUCAUAUUAGCUGGGGGUUUUACUGCUUUUUCAUGGAAGUUGCCGAGUCAGUUUCAGCGAAGUUUCUAACUUCUGAGCCGCUCGUCACAAAAAUCGUUGACAAUCAAAGUCACUGGCACGACUUGGGCACACUGAGCCCACAAACUCAUAUCCUCGAGACACCCUGUCAAUUAGAGGUUUUCGGUUUGAAAUAUUCCCUCUACCAAAUCAUGGAACAGUCUAUGAGUGCGGUAUCGCUAGACCCUGUACGUUGUGUCGCGGUUUAUAGACUGUUGCGUGACUGGAAAUUAGCCUUGCCGGAUCAUCUCGAUAUGGGAAAUAGCGUCGCUUCAUCGGUUCUUUCACUCCAUGUGAGCUACGAAUCCAUCGCCUUGAAGGUCGUUACUAUCUACAGCAAGAACAGUUCUACGUCACAUCUUGACGGUUGGGACGCCAGGUCCCUUCAGCUACAUCACGCAAAGUCUAUGAUAAUCCUUCUCUGGACUUAUCGGUGUCUUUAUGAUACCAAGUUCGAUCGCUGGGCCGCCAAUCAAUGCUUCAUUGUGGUACGGACUCUACUGCCUGUGUACGCUUCGGAUACUACAUUGUUCGCCAUAUACGACAUAAUAAGCAAGGCCUGCUAUAUCUUGAAUGAGAUGGCGUACGUUGGAGUCGUCGGUCAUGCAAAGGAGCUGCUGAAAGAGAUCGAGAGGGAGGCUCGUGGCCUGAAUGUCUGUGUCCCAUCACACAGAUAG